AUAAAAACCUAGAAAUUUUGUAUUUUUGUCGAAAGAACCCACCAACUUCAAAAGCUGAAAAGCAAAGGCAAAUUCUAAGGAGUGAAAGUUUUAGAGAGAGAAACGAGGCAAAGGAACCUAAUGUUGACGAAGAUGGCUCGCCGAGCCGCCGCCCAACAGCUGAUCGACUCGAUCGCGUCGAAGCUCAGCUCCUCCACCGCUUCUUCGGCUCAGGCUCGGGGUUUUGCGGCGGCUGCGCACCCGCCGGCGGUGUUCGUAGACAAGAACACUAGGGUGAUUUGCCAAGGCAUCACAGGCAAGAACGGCACAUUCCACACUGAACAAGCCAUCGAAUAUGGCACCAAAAUGGUAGGUGGUGUAACACCAAAGAAGGGUGGGACAGAACACUUGGGACUUCCUGUUUUCAACACUGUUGCAGAGGCAAAGGCUGAAACAAAGGCUAAUACAUCUGUAAUUUAUGUGCCCCCACCUUUUGCUGCUGCAGCUAUUAUGGAGGCAAUGGAAGCUGAGUUGGAUCUUGUUGUAUGCAUCACAGAGGGCAUCCCUCAGCAUGACAUGGUAAAGGUGAAGGCUGCUCUGAACAGGCAAACAAAAACUCGACUGAUUGGGCCAAACUGUCCUGGAAUUAUCAAGCCUGGAGAAUGUAAAAUUGGGAUCAUGCCUGGGUACAUUCAUAAACCAGGCCGUGUAGGAAUUGUUUCCCGAUCUGGUACCUUGACAUAUGAAGCGGUUUUCCAAACAACCGCAGUCGGCCUUGGACAGUCCACCAGUGUAGGCAUAGGGGGGGAUCCUUUUAAUGGGACAAACUUCGUUGAUUGCAUUAAGAAGUUCCUAGUUGAUCCUCAGACAGAAGGUAUUGUUCUUAUAGGAGAGAUUGGUGGUACUGCUGAAGAGGAUGCUGCUCAGUUAAUAAAGGAAAGCAAGACUGAGAAGCCUAUUGUUGCAUUUAUUGCUGGCCUAACUGCUCCCCCUGGUCGUCGUAUGGGUCAUGCUGGAGCCAUUGUAUCAGGUGGGAAGGGCACAGCCCAAGACAAAAUCAAGACCCUCAGGGAAGCUGGUGUUACAGUGGUAGAAUCUCCUGCAAAAAUGGGUGUUGCCAUGCUUGAAGCCUUCAAGCAAAAGGGUCUCAUUCCGGCCUAAUAGUCAAUUUCCUUUUGUUCCACAAUUCUGCAGCAGUGCAAAAACUCCAUUUUUGUUCCCUCAUUUGAUUGUAAUUGCUGUAGAUUUUCCGAAGCUCGUGGGUUUUCCUCCAAUUUUCUACCCCUAAUAUGGUGUAGGGGUUUCAAAUAAAGCGCUCCAUAGUGUUGUUGAUUUAAAUAGCACACAAGAUCAUUUGAUUAUUUGAUGUCACAAACUGUUUUGGUGAUUUCACUGAUGUGUGACAUCUCACAUGAGGUAGGGAGAAAAGUUCUUCAUAUUAUAUAUGCAAUGAGAAUUUCUUGAUUAUGUGGGCAUUGAGUCCAAAUCA